CUCGUCUGCAAUACGAUAAUAAGAAAAAAAAAAGGGAGAAGCACUUUCGUAUUUUUUUACAAAAUAUCCUUUUUCAUUUUUAUCGAUCGGUCGAUGAUUGAUUUGAAGAGUGUUAGUCGCGGCUGUAUGAAGUUUGCAACAUUGAAACAAAAUCGAAAAUCGUGGUGGAAAAAUCAGCAUCCGAAAAUUAGGAUUUGCGAGGAAAGAGCGACGGUGAUAACAAGCGUUAAAAGAAAAUUGGCAAAACUGCUCUUUGAAACUUGCGAAGAUUGCGAGAGGAUGGCAUCUAUUCCGCAGGGCGUGUUUGCGGCGUGCAAAGUCCGUCGCAAUCGAGAACGCAAUGCUACGAUAUCACGGAUGGAGAAGAAAGAAAAAUCGUGUAAAGAGAAUACAUUCAACAUGAGACCCCCAUUGGAAGGUUGGGAACUUACGCCGUUAAAAUACAACAGCAAAUUAAUGAACAGCAUCUGGGGACUUUAUAAUCGUUAUUCGGUGCACAAUUUCAAGAAGAACAAUUCUAACGAAGGGGUACUUAAGGCUUUCGUGGCGGAAUGGAAAGUUAUCUUUCACAACCGUACACCCGCCGCGAAUUCGGUGACCGCAGCUGCAGUUGCCAAAAAUAAUUCUCAAAUUAUGUAAAAGAGAGAGGGAACCAGUAUCUGAUCCGAUUUCACUUUUAUAUACGAUGCAUUGAACGUGUAAUGACCAUCGUUUAUUCGAUGUGCAAUAAUU